CGUUCGAAGUGACCGAUACCUUAAAGGAAAGGACCAUGAGACUCGCAGCUCUUCUUUCAGCAUUAUUCUGCAUCACUGGAACCAUCUCACAAGAUGAUCGUCAUCCAGGAUUUCUGUUUGAUAACCAUCCUGGUUACAUUCUGUCUUUACCUGCCAACAUGACCAAAGUCAAACAGAUGUCCACCAAAGUGUCCAGCAAGAUGGAUUGUGUGUUCGCUUGCGUUGAAACGUCUUGGUGUCKUUCGAUCAAUUUUAAAAUCACUGCUGAGAUAGACAAACAUCACAUUUGCGAGCUGAUAGGAACUGAUAACAAUACAAGCCCUGAGUACUUGAUCCAAGACGAAAACUUUACUCAUAUGGACAUAAAGAACCUACCAUGUGAAAACAAUCCUUGCCUUAACGAUGGAAAGUGCGUACCACACGAGAACAGGAUGGAAUACCACUGCGAGUGCAAAGAAGGAUGCAAAGGAGAAAAAUGCCAAGAUGUAAAUGGUGGAUGGAGUGGCUAUUCACCUUGGUAUUCGUGCAGCAGGACCUGUGGUGGAGGGACACAGAAGAGAAUCCGUACUUGCACCAACCCACCCCCAGCUCACGAUGGAAACCCAUGUUCUGGUCCGGCAGAAGAGACCCAAAGAUGUAACACACACCCAUGCCCAGUAAAUGGUGGAUGGAGUAGCUAUUCAGCUUGGUCUUCGUGCAGCAGGAUCUGUGGUGGAGGGACACGGAGGAGAACCCGUACUUGCACCAACCCACCACCAGCUCACGGUGGAAACAUUUGUUCUGGUCCGGCAGAAGUGACCCAAAGAUGUAACACACACCCAUGCCCAGUAAAUGGUGGAUGGAGUAGCUAUUCAGCUUGGUAUUCGUGCAGCAGGACCUGUGGUGGAGGGACGCGGAGGAGAACCCGUACUUGCACCAACCCACCACCAGCUUACGGUGGAAACCUUUGUUCUGGUCCGGGAGAAGUGACCCAAAGAUGUAACACAAACACAUGCCCAGCUCUCCGGCRAAAUUGUGCAGAGAUUCGCAGUUCAGGCCAAGGACGAAACGGCGUGUACACAGUAAAACCAAACAGUCAACGAUCCUUCCAAGUCUACUGUGAUAUGACAACUAAUGGAGGGGGAUGGACUUUGAUCGGUCGCUUUUCUAACAGAGACACAAAGAACUGGAUGAGAGACGAUGCCUAUUGGUGGUAUGACGUCAUGACAGGUCAAGGAAGCACCACAAGUACGUCUGUCAAUCAAGACAUGAUAUCCCCCGCCUUCUGGUUUAUCAAUGGAAGCGAGAUCAAGAUCACACGAUCUAGCGAUUCAACUCACACUGCUCUACUAMGAACCACAUCCARCUGUCUGGGAUACCGUACAUUUCGUUCAAAGAUAGCAAGCUAUGGGAACUUCCGCAACGGUGUUGUCUGGGCGAAUAACAGAUGUCUUGGAAGCUGUAGUGUAGCGUAUGGUGGCCAAUACUCCUCUACUGAUGGAUUCUCUCAAGCACGAUGCAACAGCAAUCUCCAAAGUCAUAAUAGGAUCGGGUUUUGGUGUCAUUGGAGUGCUGAUGGAGCAGUGAUGAUGAUUGGUGGAGGGGGUGACACAUGCGCAAGAGCUGACCAUGGUAUCGGUAUUACAGAAGAGAACGCAGCUGAUUUUUCUACUACAGUAGUCGAGUGUGACUUCGGAGAUAUUGUAGCCCAAGGWAGUGGUGUUUGUCAGUCAUCAUCGUAUGCACUUAAUUUGUGGAUUCGAUGAAUUUUGUUAUACGUACAUUUCAUCGUAUUUAAUAACAUAUGC